AUGGAGUGUGUGACUACGGUGUCAUAUUCCUUUCUCGUCAACAACUCCCUGCACGGACAUGUAACCCCGACUAGAGGACUCCGACAAGGCGAUCCUCUUUCCCCUUACCUCUUCAUUCUCUGUACAGAGGUUCUCUCAGGCCUAUGCAGUAAAGCCCAAUUAUCAGGAGCUCUUCCGGGUGUCCGUGUCUCCAGACGCAGUCCAGCGGUCAAUCACCUCCUAUUCGCUGACGACACCAUGUUCUUCACGAAGACUCAUCCUUCUAGCGUUCAGGCUUUACUCAAAAAUAUCAGGAGGUAUGAAGAGGCAUCGGGACAGCGGAUCAACGCUAACAAGUCCUCCAUCACCUUCUCCGGCAAAACGCCACCGGAUAUCCGGGCUAGAGUAAAAUCUACUCUUGGUAUAGAGAAAGAAGGCGGAGUGGGCAAAUAUUUGGGACUCCCGGAGAAUUUUGGCAUUAAGAAACGGGACAUUUUCACAGGUCUCGUUGAUAAGAUCUGCCAAAAAUCUAUCAAUUGGACUCACAGAUUCCUGUCAGGAGCAGCAAAGCAGGUUCUUCUUAAAUCCGUUCUCUCCGUCAUGCCGUCUUAUACCAUGUCCUGUUUUAAGUUACCAAAGUCGCUUUGUAAGCGAAUUCAGUCGGUGCUUACGAGAUAUUGGUGGGAUGAUAAACCGGAUAAACGCAAAAUGAGCUGGGUCUCAUGGGAUAGACUUACGAUCCCAAAGAAUGAAGGUGGUUUGGGUUUUAGAGAGAUAGAGGUGUUUAACGAUGCUCUCUUGGCAAAGAUUGGAGCCCGUAUUAUCCAAAACCCAGACUCCCUCCUUGCACAAGUCUUAUUGGGCAAGUAUUGCCACUCCUCCUCCUUUAUGGAGGCUCAUGUUCCUGCUACUGCGUCUCAUGGAUGGCGUAGUAUCAUUGCAGGAAGGGAUGUUCUUCGUCAAGGGUUAGGAUGGAUAGUGGGAAUUGGAGAACAUAUCCCACUCUGGUCUGCUCCGUGGCUCUCUACGUCGGAGCCAAGGCAACCUUUUGGACCUCCGACAGAGGCGUCUCAACUCCUGAAGCUUGAGAUCCGCCAACUGCAAUUAAGCUCCGUUCCGGUCAAAGACUCUCUCCGUUGGCUCCCUGUUAAAUCUGGACGUUACUCAACCAAGACAGGGUAUGCCCUCUCCAAGAAGAUUCUAGAACCAAGCUUUGCAGAUGGGUUUAACUGGCAGUCCAAUCUAUGGCGCGUUAAAACCUCUCCAAAGCUUAAAUUCUUCUUGUGGAAAGCCUCGGCAAAUGCUCUAUCUGUAGGUGCGGCUCUAAUUCUCAAAGGGUUUGAUACAGACGGACGCAGUGGGAAGUGUGGAGCGCUUGAAGACGUUUUACACGUCCUCCUCAACUGUCCGUUCGCUCAAAAGGUGUGGCAUCUAGCUCCUGUUCUGUUUAAACCAGACCGAGACAGCUGUACUACAGUCAAGCUACUCCUAUCAAAUGCCCGGAGAAUGCUAAACCUGCCCUCCACCGGAAUUUACCUUACCCCGCUGUUCCCUUGGAUAGUGUGGUUCUUGUGGAAAGCUCGAAAUCUUCGGAUUUUUGAGGCAAAAUCCAUCUCGGAGGAGGACACUAUCCAUAAGGCGAUCUCAGAAGCCAAAGCGUGGCAAGGAGCCCAGGAAGCAGCAGUUUUAAGCUCCGCCACUACCAUUUCUCCACCAUCCUCACUGCCGGCGACAGAUGUCGACGUAGUGCGCUGCUUCUCAGAUGCGGCUUGGUCUUCUGAUAGCGCGUUCGGUGGUAUGGGAUGGCUUUUCAAGGAUGCUCAUGGCACCGUAAUCUCCCAAGGGACAGCGUCUAAAUCCUUCCUUCCUUCAGCCUUAGCUGCUGAAGCAGUUGCAAUCAAGCUUGCUCUCCUAGAUGCGAGAGCUGCUGAUAUUUUACGAUUGGUCUGUUACUCGGACUGCAAAGAACUCGUUCUUCUUCUCAAGUCCGGUGGCCAUUCAAACGAAAUUCAAGGUCUUCUUUUGGAUAUCUCUUGCCUUUUAGGCUCGUUUCGUGAUGUUGAUUUCGUCUUUAUUCCCCGAGCCCAAAACUCGGAGGCCGAUGUACUAGCUAAAUCUAGUCUCCUCUCUUAUAAUCCCUCUCUCAGUAGAGGCUAA